GCCGAACGUGGCAGGUUGCCCUGCCAAGCUUCGGAGAGGUAGUGGACUACCGCAGACGAGCUAAGAGCAAGUUGGAUGCCAGAUGGCAAGAAGGGGUUUACUUGGGGCUGCGCCUCAGCAGCUCUGAAAAGAUCAUCGGCACUCCCUCUGGGAUCUUGGUGGUGCAAUCCAUCAGGAGGAAGCCAGAGGAUAAGCAGUUCAGCCUAGAGCUCUUAAUGGCUGUGAUUGGAACGCCCUGGCAGCCUACUCCAGAAGGGGUUUCUGCUGCGAAUGCCGAUGUGCUCCCAGAUCCUAUCCCGAUGGAGCCGCUGAGCAGGCUUGCGCAGCCAUCCGUGAGGGAAGAGAACGCCAGGGCAUCAAGCGGCAUCAACCACAGACGAGACCUCUCGGAUCCAGGAGGCGCUGAAGCUGAAGAGAAGAAGAGAAAGGCAGCCAAGGAAGCGACGCCGUUGGAAGCUGAACCGACCACGGAGAGAAGCCAACCUAGCAGGACCGAGUCCAAGAAGCCAGCAGCGUCCGCUUCGGAAGCUGCUCCGGCUCAGAAGCGCAAAACCAGCGAUGCCGAAGGGAUGAUUGAGCACAUCGUUCAAGAGCGGGAGGCUCAUCUCAAGUCUCUUGAGGGCGUCGAGCAACCGACCUGUGACCUGGAAGACGGGCUGGUGGAGGAACUCCUUGCGGAGACUUUCCACGACGAUCUCACCCUCCGUGUCAAGGCGGCGCGCACGGAGGAGAUCUCAGUUAUCCAACAGAUGGGCGUAUGGGAAGUGAUUCCACGGCCUGUUGGAGAAAAGGUCAUCGGGACUCGCUGGGUGGACAUCGACAAGGGAGAGGAGAUUCUGUUCACCCGACCAGAGUACCUGGACAGACUUUUUCGCGGCUAUGCCGCCACUAUAAGCAGUCUGCGUGCGCUGUUCUCCCUCGCCACAACCAAGCGAGUACCCAAAGACAAGGGAAAGCUGUCGACCGUAGGGUCAGGAGGCGAAACCUGCCUCAUGUUUCUGGAUGUGAAGAAAGCUCAUUGUUGGAGCCCGGUUCGUCGGCGACUUCUUGUUGAGCUACCUCCGGAAGCAAACGCAGGACCCAACAUGGUCGGACUCCUGAAGCGAUCUUUGUAUGGAACGAGGGACGCACCCUCGAAAUGGGAGAAAGCCAUCAAAGACGCUCUCGAAGGCCUGGGCUUCCGCCAAGGGAGAAGCAACCCUUGCCUCUACUUCCACGGGGACGACUUCACUGUGGUGGGGAGCUACGAGGAGCUAAAGUGGUUAGAACUGAACCAAGUCUGGACAGUCGAGACCACAGGUAUCCUGGCCAGGCCCGGCUCGGAACUGCCAGGAGUGAUCCAGUCAAUCUCGGUCCUUAAUCGGCUGGUCACGUGGACCAGAGAUGGUAUCGAGUUGGAGGCUAAUCCAAGGCAUGUUGACCUGGUUCUCGAACAGCUGGGUUUGGACAAGGGUGCAGUAGUGACCACUCCGACCCGAUGGUGCGGAC